AAGAUUAAAAAUGUUGUAGGUUGGAAAUAUGGCCAGGAUAUGUGACUGCAGUCAAUUAUCAAGAAGGAGGAAUUAUGCUGUGUGUGAUGUGUCUCAUAGAAUUCUUCGCACUGAAACCUGUUAUGAUAUACUGGCUGACUUGCACCAGAUGCACAGGUCUAACUUCAAGAAUAUGGCUGUACGGGCAUUGGUCGGCUGUAUCGUUCUCACUAGGUACAAUAAUAAAUCUUAUCGCAUAGAUGACAUUAUCUUCAAUCAAAACCCCAGAUCCACCUUUACUAACUACAAAGGAGAGGAGAUUAGUUAUAUGGAUUAUUAUUUCAACACUUAUGGUAUCAAGAUCAAGGACCUGCAUCAACCACUUCUUCUUCACCCAGGAAGAAAAAAGGAUGUUGCGAGAAAAAAGAACUAUAGCCACAGGUCCACAGAGACCUACACAGCAGGUGUACUGCUCCAAGCCCAGUACUUCUGUCCCACAUGUCUCAACAGUCGUCACUCCCGUGACUCUCCAGCUCAGCUUUGCUCCCAGGACAAGAGCUCUGCCCGAAUCUCCUCGUGUCAGCUGUUCCUUGGGUUUAUAUGGUGGUCAAGCCAGCACCCCAACAAACCACGUGUACGACCUGUUCUGAUGCCUGGUUCUGAUGCCGUCUCAAGACAAAAGACUCAGACGUGGGCGUGGUGA